AUGAAGCAAGUCUCUAACAUUUUCAUUUUCUUUUGCCUCGUAUCUCUCAUAUCCCAUAUAACAAUCUCAAGUAUUAGCGUGGUGGAGGGUGGAAAUACGUUGCAAGACGAGGAGGCCAUCUCGCAUGUGAUAGACCAAAAGGCUUCUGUACAUGAUGUUGAGCAUCCACAAAAAGCUCCAUGCGCUGAUUGCACUUGGCCAUGUGAUCCUGUUGUAGUUGGAGAAGGCUGUAUUUGCCGUUGUUAA